CCUCACAGCUUCUUCUCGUGGCACAUUCUGCUUUCCCACUAAUUACUUCUGUAAUUUUCUUCGCUGAGACAAACACAACGCGGGUCGCCUCUAUUGGUUCCUAUUCCGCGAUCUAGCAGGCAGCUAAGGACUAAAGCUAUCUAAUUUGCCCAUGUCGCUUCUCACUCGUGUAGCCGCACUUUCCGGACUUCGAAGGAACUUGAUAGAUGGCGUAACUUGCCUUACAUCAGCACGAUUUCAUGUUGGCUCGCAAGCGGCAACCGGGUCUUCUUCGAGCACGGACCCCAAAUCCGAUGGUUACGGAACUCUAGUGGACGAGGUUGAGGACGUGGCGGCUAUUCAGCGGUACCGCGAAGCGAAGAACUUCCGCCGCCGUGUGGACGGGCGGGUGCUGUUGUACGGCAAGGAGAACAGCUCAUGGAUGGAGACCAAGCUGGAUGGCUACGUUGAGGGCGCGCUGCUGCUCCUGGGUCGCGAGGGCCACGUGUACUACCUGGUUUCGGAGGACCUGAAGCAGCUGGAUCUCACCAACGACCAGUUGAUUGGGCAACUGUUCGGGGAGGGCAGCUGGGAGCGCAUCAUGCAGCCGCUCUACACGCAGACCUCCGACGGCGGUCUGAAGCACGUGCGCAUGACGCGGCAGCAGUUCCGCAGUAUCUUCACCGUCAUGCGGGAGACGCCGCAAGCGGAGGGGGACGGCCAGGCAUCUUCGCAAUAGCGGGAGGGACGCCGCUCGUGCGUAAAAGGGGACCAGUGAGGGGACGACGGCCUGGCCGUCGUCGCAGUAGGUUCGGGAUCCGGGCAGGGACAGAACACCACAAGGCGUGGGCACCUUGCAAGCAGGAAACGCUGCAAGUGCUCGUACACCGCAGAGCGAGAAGCACCAUGGCAUCACUCGCAGCGGUUUGCUUUUGAGCAGGGGAUUUCCAUGGCCCCUGUGCUUUGGGGCUGGGGACCUUCAGGUGGCGCAGGAGUCCGGGUGGGGUUGGGGUGUCGCGAGCCGCGGCGCAAUCGACGAGGCAAAGGCUUGACGUGUUCUGCCGAGGGCUGCGGAUGCGGUGACUCGGUGAGGCUGUUUGGGCCUUGAGACUGCUCCGCGAAGCGCGACGGUGUAAGGCUAGGCAUUGGCUUUGGUGUUUUCUUGGCUCUGCGGCUUAUCUGGCGGCUGGCAUUCGUCUUGACACUGCCUGGCAGGCGGCCUUUGUUGUGGCGGAGCUGACUCGCAGCGGGGGCAGGAGUAGCGUUUGCGGUAUUGGUACCUAACAUGGUCGGUUUCGAAGCUAUUUCGUUGAAAGCCCCAACCCAUAGGGUGACAAACCCCGGAUGAUGUACAUAGCGUACAGAACCUUGUUCUGUUGUUGGUUGGACCUUGUUGAGUUUGCGGAACGUUGUUGUUGUUCCUGCGCUUCUCCUUUCCUUUUGUCUUUGGGUUGUGACCCGCGUGCAUUCAUGCGGUUUUGCGCCCGUGUGCUGCAGGUGUAGGAGCUCACGCUGCACAGUGUUAGGGGCACGAACAGUUUGUCGGUUGGUUGGUUUGGAAGUUGGACGCCUAUGUUCGGUCGAAUGGCGGUUUUGUUGCGUUGGACGAAUUUCCAAGCUGCGGAAGGGUCUCUUCAUACCUCCCCAUGCC